AUGCUUUCUGGAAAGAGAAAACAAGGGUUUGGCGGCCUCCAGCGCCGUGUGAGACCUCGUAAAGAGGAGGAGCCUGAAAUCGAUGAGAACCUCAGUAGCGAGCCUGAGGAAAUGGAUGUGGAGGGAGAUGAGUUGAGUGAGGGUGAGGAAGACGAGGACAAUAUGGAUGAUGGAGAUGAUGAUCAGGAGUCCGAUGCUUCACCGCCACAAAAGAAGCCCGCCAUCGAUAUCUCAUCAGUCUCCUUCGGUGCCCUUGCCAAAGCGCAAGCUUCGAUGUCAGCAUCCAGCAGACGGCGCAAACGCGGCGCAGCUGCCGAAGACUCACAGGAGGGCUCCGACUCAGAUUCCGGCCCCGAGGAGGUGGGCAAUGUCAGAAAACCAAAGUCCGCCGCCGAUGUUGCCAAACGUACGAGCAAGCACGCACCAACUGAGAUGUCCAGCAAGAAGCCCGUCUCCCGCAAGCGCGAGGUAAUCGCCGUUCCCAAGAUGGAGGUUCGCGACCCACGCUUCGACCCCCUGAGUGGCCCAGUCGAUGAGGCGAAAGCUAAGAAAGCAUACGCUUUCUUGGACAAGUACCGUGCAGAUGAGAUGAAGGAGCUGCGUGGCGAGAUCAAGAAGACCAAGGAUCCAGUUAAGAAGGAAGAGAUGAAGCGUCUGCUGUUAUCGAUGGAGUCUAAGAUCAAGGCACGCGAGCGCAAGGAGCGCGAGCAGGAGCUUAUUACGGAACACAAACGUCGUGAGAAGGAGCUGGUUAAGCAGGGCAAGCAGCCAUUCUACCUCAAAAAGUCAGAGCAGAAGAAGAGGUUGCUCAUGGACCAGUUCGCCGGCAUGAAGAAGAGGCAGGUUGACAGGACGAUUGAACGUAAGCGCAAGAAGGUUGUUGCUCGUGAGAGAAAGGAGCUAGACCAGUUGGAGAGGCGGGAUCGGUCUUAG